AUGUCCUUUGAACAGCUUAACUCGGCCAUGGUUCUGCUCGGUGUACGAGUUCUCAAGGCUUGUGCCCCCGAGCGAAAGGAGAAGCCUGGAGCAGUCUCCAUCCUGGUUUUGCCAUCUUUGCUGGUCAUGGGUCAGAUCUUGAACUUCACUGUGGAGAACCUCUCUGCUUACGUGCCAUCACUGCGAGCAUUGUCCAUGAAGUGCUAUACACACCUUGGCGAAGCAGUUGCUUGGCAGACUUCGGAUGCACAAGCUGUAGAAGUCUGUCAGAAGUCCAACUCACACUUGCUCGAGGUCAGCGGAUCCUCCACUGUGAACGGCUCUUUGUUCCUGAAUGAGAUGAACGGAUCUUUGGAGAUUUCCUCCAUGCUGGAGGUGCAGGAGGAAUGGGUGCAGCUGACCGAUCGCGAAAGGGACAUGCUGCAUGACGUGUUCCUGCUAGACGGCCACGAGCACAAGGCAUUCCUCUUCCUUUAUCUGCCGCUCUUCCUGACCAAUGCCCGGGCAAACCACGACUUGGGACUUCAAGGUGGCCUGAAAUUCCUGGCCGAACUCUACGACAAGCUGCUGAGGCACAAGUGCCUAACCCUGCCGGGACCUACUGUGAAGGUUAAGCUUUCACAAAUGCUCCGUGAGCAUUUGUGCAGAGAUGCAAGCUCUUUGUCAGGAAAGUGCCUGGACUUCGCCAAAAUAGUGAAGCAUGAGAAUGGUGUUACCGUCCUCUUGACCAGCGCUAGCUACCAGGUCCUGACAGGACAGCUGGUGCAUGACACGAAAAGUACAGAUUUGCUUGAGCUGCUGGCACAGCAACAGCUCCCUGGCAAAGAAGGAGCUUUGAAUGGUUCUGGCUCUUGGUGCUAUUACCGGUGCUUCUACCUUCUCUGCAUCAUAUACUGUUCUCAGUAUGGCUAG